UUUAUGUUAAGGUUUUAGAAAUUGGGAGAAGAUGAAUAAGCUCGUUUAGAUUAAGAAAGCCUUAAACAAAAAAAAGAGUUUUUAAAACAAGAAUUCGAACACUAGGAGGAAAUAAGAAAAUAUGACAACCUCUCGAUUUUUUCAUCAAAUGAUUUCAAAUUUAAGGCAGAAUUAGAUAAAUUGUAAAGCUCUAAUAAAAGAAAACAAUAGGAAUUAGAACUUCUGUUAAAAGCAGGAUAAAAUAAAUCUAAAUCUAAAACAGGAACUUCAUAAAUGCAAGAGUCAAUUAGUGGUCAUGGUGUUAUUCAUUCUAUUAAUAACCAUCAUUCUGACCCUUUGUUUGAAACAUUUAGUGGGAAUGUGAAUAAUAAGUAAUUAGAUUUAGAAUAAAGAGAUCAAUAUAUUGAAUUAUUGAAAUUAUAAGAAUCUCGUUAUGAGAAUUUAAUAUUGGAGGAAUAAGAGAAAAGUGAAUCAUUGUAAAAGAUUCUAGUAGAAAUUGAAAAAUCAACAUUAAUACAACAAAAAAAAUGCGAAGAAUUACAAAUUAUUCUCAGUAAAGCAGGGAAGAGAUUCAAUAAUACUGAUUCUGUGAAACUGAUGGCUGAAAAUAAGAGGUUCCUAAGUAAGAAAAACCUAUAAUCUAUAAAAAACGAGUUUGGUUAAAUGAAGUAUAUGUAAGACACAUAUAAGCAUUCAUAGGAAAACAAAUAAUACUAAUUAUAAAAAAUACUAUAUGUUGGAGAAGAAAACAUUGGACAUAAUGCUUUAAAAAUAGAGGAAGCAGAAAGAUUUAUUGAUGCUUAAAACAAGGAGUUUGAAAUUUUGGAAGAGAAGAAAUAAAAUUAAUUGAAAAAAAAAUAAGAAAGCAGAUACAUUCUUACUUACAUUGAAUUUUUUGAGAUUUUUUAAUAGAUAUUUAUGAAUAGGGAUAAUCCAAAUGAAAUUAGAUUGGUUGAUUAAUAUAUGGUAGAUGAGGAAUUGUUAUAAAAAUGGAAUCAAAAUCAAUAAAUUGAUAAUUUAUAGUAGGAAUAGGAGGUUAAUUUUGAUAGGAAUGAAUUACUAUCUCAGAUUAAUAAGUUUUAUCAAGAAAAUGAAUAAAGAACAGAGUAUAUUCUUGAGUUUAUGUUAGAGAAGUAUUGGCAUCUAUAAUAACAAUUAACAAAAUAAAGUAUUACCUAUGAAAUCCUAUUAAAGUAGAAGGAAGUUCUUUAAGAUGAAAUUGAAAAUUUAGAUUAUGAGAUUCUAGAAUUAAAGCAGAAGAAUCCGAAUUUAGAAAUUCAUGAGUAGUCUAUUGUUGCUGAAGAUGCGGGUUUGAUGAAAUUAAAAAAUGAAACAACCACUCUGAAUAUUAAGAAAAUGGAAAUAGAAGAGCAUCCUGAACAAGUUAUAUGGAUAAAGGCUACAAAAGCUCAAGGAUUAUUAAUGAAUUUUUAACUGGGAUUAGCUGAAUACUUACAUAGAAUUUAUUAGAUAAUUUAAGCAAUAGAUUAGAAAAAUAAAGAAAACAAGAAAUUUAAAUAUCCUAGUUUAAAUAAUGAAAUAAAUGGGAUAAAUUUAUUGAUAUCAAAGAUAUAUAAUAUGAAUAAAAAUUAAAAUCAAACUAAUGAGUUAACUUAAUAACAUUUAAACUAAUUUGCAAUAUAUAAUAUUGUAGUUGAAGUACUUCCUACAUUUAAAGAAUAAGAAUUACAUUAAAUUAGUUCGUACUUCUAUAUUUAAAGUAAAACAGAUUAAAUUUUAUGGUUUAAUUUAAGUGUAGAAAAUCUAACAAAUUUUUUUAAAUCCUAAGACAAUCCAACACUAUAAAAAUUACUCAGUCCAGAAAUCAUAAAUGAAUAUAGAGAUCUUUUAAUCGAAAUAUUUAAACACAAUUUUCAUAAGUUAUUUGAGCAUUACCAAACAACAUAUAAAAAGAUCAGCGACAUUAGUUAAGAUUUAUAUUAGUAUUUAAAAGAAAUCAAUCCAAAAUUUGAUAUUAAGAGAUUAUCAAAAUUGUUAUUAAGAGAAGGUUAAGAUAUUUAAUCAGCUAAAGAUUUAAUUAUAAGAAGAAUGAUGGAGUAUAAAACAGGAGAAAACAUAACAUUAAAUGGUAAAAAUGAUUAAAAUAAAACUUAAAAUAUGAGACCAAAAAUUGAGGAGGAACAAAUCCAGAGUGUUUCUUAGCAAUAAUAAUAAUAAUCUGAUUAAUAAGAUCCCUCUCUAUUGUUUCCGAAAAAGCAGAGAUUGGAUGAAGAAAAAUUGACUUAGAUUUAAACAUUUUUUAGGUCUAAGAUAAGAGAGAAAAAUGAACAAUUAAGAGAUUAAAAAAAUAAUGUAACUAUUUCAACAAAGGAUAGACCAGGUAGUAAUAUAGAACAAUUGAAUUCUGAGAAUAUAUCAAUGAUCAAAGGUGAAAAUAAAAUGAAUAGGGCGAAAUCAAAGAAAUUAGCAGAGAGCAAGACAGUUCGGAAUUUAAAGGAUGAUUUGGAGUAAGAAAGGAGUUUAUUGAAGGCAUAAAUAGCUGUUGAUUUAUUAAGAUCGAAAGAGGAGUAAGAAAGAAAAGAUAAACCGUUAAUGAAAGAAUAAUAAAAUGAGAUAAAGGUGCAGAUCAAACAAGCAACGGAGAGAUUAUAUGGUGAGAGAUAAUAUACAGUUUAGAUAAUGAGAAACAUGGCACAAACAACAGCGAUUUUAAGUGAUAUCAAUUAACUGGAACAUUUCUCUUCAAAAAUAGAAUCUNGCUACAAAAGCUCAAGGAUUAUUAAUGAAUUUUUAACUGGGAUUAGCUGA